GUAUUAGAUUUUUACUUCAAUUCCCCAUAAUGGACUACUUUUUGUUUCUAUGGAAAUAAAGAGUUAUGUCCCCCUAUUAAACUCUUCACGGAAGAGGUAUUGCGGGAUUUCCACACCACUUGCGAAUUCAGCAUAUUUGACAGAGGAUAUAUGUCAGUAGAUUAAGAAAGUGAAAAUGUCUGCUGGUGUGGGAAUGAUUCGGAGGUUAGAUGAGGUAGUUGUCAAUCGUAUUGCAGCAGGGGAAGUAAUUCAGAGACCCGCAAAUGCUCUCAAGGAGAUGAUAGAAAAUAGUCUUGAUGCAAAAUCAACCAACAUUACAGUGACUGUGAAACAGGGUGGUCUGAAGCUGUUACAGAUACAGGAUAAUGGUUCAGGAAUUAGGAAAGACGACAUGAAUAUAGUCUGUGAAAGGUUUACCACCAGUAAGUUGUCCAAAUUUGAAGAUUUGAACUCUAUAGCAACCUAUGGUUUCCGUGGUGAGGCAUUGGCAAGUAUCAGUCACGUUGCACAUGUUACCAUAGUAACCAGAACUGCGGACUCCAAAUGUGCUUUCAGGGGUAUGUAUGUUGAUGGUAAGCUGAAAGAGGCAGUUAAACCAUGUGCUGGCAAUGUAGGGACCCAGAUCACAGUAGAAGACUUGUUCUAUAACAUUUCUACGAGACGGAAAGCAUUGAAGAGUGCAGCAGAAGAGCAUGCAAAGAUUGUUGAAGUCGUUAGCAGAUAUGCAGUUCACAACUGUGUUGUAGGAUUUACCUUGAAGAAGCAUGGUGAAGGAAUGGCUGAUGUGAGAACACCAAGUAAUUCAACAUAUACAGACAACAUACGAACCAUCUAUGGACCUGCAGUAGCAAGGGAACUGUUGGAGGUGGAUCAUACAGAUGAAAAGUUGUCAUACAGACUGCACGGGUUUGUGACAAAUGCAAACUACAAUGUAAAGAAGGGAACAUUUCUGUUGUUUAUAAAUCACAGACUAGUGGAGUCGAGCUCCCUGAAGAAGGCAAUAGAUAUGGUGUACCAGGCAUAUCUACCAAAACAUACACAUCCAUUUCUGUACCUCAGCUUAGAGAUAGCAGCACAGAAUAUUGAUGUUAACGUUCACCCGACCAAACAUGAGGUACGAUUUCUCCACGAGGACGCAAUCAUAGAGAGUGUACAGAAGACGAUCGAGACAAAAUUGCUGGGAUGUAACGUUAGCAGAACGUACUAUACACAGGCAUUGUUGCCAGGAGCAACAGUGAUUCCAGAAUUGUCCAAGGAAGAAGGAAAUAAAAAUACAGAUUCAGGAAACAAAACUUAUGCUCAUCAGAUGGUUCGUACAGACAGCAGAGAACAGAAGCUGGAUGCAUUUUUCAAACCAACCAAUCAGGAUGCAGAAUUACCUGAUAAUGAAAGAGAGGCUCUGCAGUCGACCAGUAAUAUUCAAGCUUCUUCUUCAAGGUCAGGAGAAGCUCCAAUGGAAACAGAGAUGUCAAGGAGUUCUAGCACUGACAAAAGGGAAUGUUUAAGAGCUAGAAGAGGGGGUAUAUUGUUUGCUCCAGCAGUUAAGAAAUGUUUUCAUUACCAGAUCUACAUUAAAUAUUUUUAUUUUUUCCACAGACUGGCUUACUUGCAUACAUUUUUUCCACUUACAGGCCUACGCGAGAUGUUUUCCAAUCACGUGUUUGUUGGCUGUGUAGACAAGGAAUUCUCCCUGAUUCAACACCAGACAAAGUUACUCCUCACAAACACUAGUAAACUAACUGAAGAAUUGUUCUACCAGCUAUUCAUCUUUGAUUUUGGAAACUUUGGUCUUCUGAGAUUGUCGGAACCAGCCCCUAUAUAUGACCUUGCUAUGAUGGCCCUUGACCUUGAGGAAUCAGGUUGGACAGAUGCUGAUGGACCCAAAGAGAACCUUGCUACCUACAUUGUCAGCUUUCUUAAGUCUAAGUCAGAGAUGCUACAAGAUUACUUCUCCAUUGAAAUUGAUCAGAAAGGCAAUAUGCAUACACUACCUUUGGUACUAGAUGAUUAUGUUCCAGACCUAGAGGGACUGCCCAUGCUGGUUUUACGGCUUGCCACUGAGGUGGACUGGGACUCAGAAAAGCAGUGUUUUGAGAGUUUUUCUCGAGAAAUGAGCAAUUUCUAUGCCAUGAAGAAAAGUUUGUUUGCAAGUACAGAUGAUAGCUCUGAACAAAAGCCCGAGAAUGAUCCCAAGAACAGAUCAUCAUGGAAAUGGACUGUAGAGCAUGUGAUUUUCCCAGCAUUGCGAAAUCUCUUCUAUCCACCUAAACAUUUCGCGGAGGACUCCAGUGUUUUACAGAUCGCUAACCUACCUGAUUUAUACAAAGUUUUUGAAAGAUGUUGAUGACUGUUUUUGAUAGAAGUUUGUAGUGCUAAGAGUUUUUAACAUCAAGGCCCAGACAGAUUACUUGGUUGAAAGGCAGUUCAUUGCUACUGGUUCAAAAUCCUUCAAGGGAUGAAGAAUAUUUUCUUGUACAGAAUCUAUCCAGCUGGCAUGCAGAAGAUUGGUGGUGCUAUAUCUAGGUGCCUUCUAAGCACGUUAUGUUUUCCAUAAUGUCACAGUUAAAGUUGAAAAUUCUCCACAUGACCUAAUUGUGCUGGUUUGACUUAAACCUCAGAAAAAUUGUGUAUUCUGUGUUGAAGGAUUUAUGAACUGUAGACAGGAUGAUGUUUGCUGGCAUAACAUUUUACCUUCUUUGCAUCAGUAGAGACCUGAAGGUGUACUGGACUUUUGAUUUAGUGUACAAUAAAGAAAGUUACAUACCGCAAGACAACUGUCCAUGUGACAACUUGAAUGAUGUCAUGGUGUAACAACUGUUGUAGUCUUUUGUAAAGUUUGACAUUUGCCACGUUAUAACUUAUGUUUCACAGUGAGAUUACUUUGUGUUCUUAUUGAUAUAUUAAAUUUUAAUAUUAUUCUGAUGUUGUUAACAAUGCACAUAAUUUUGUUGCUGUUUGAUCAAAGAGCCAGAGUCUUUUAGACAUAAUGUUCUAUGUGGCUGAAACAGUAAACAGCUUUUCAUCAUAUUUUACUGACUACUGAUGUUUUACUUUAGGAAUAAGUAAUUAAUUUUCUGAUUAAUCUUGCAUGUCUUGAUCUUAACAAAUAACAUGCACAUUGAAUAAAUAUCCAUAGGG